UCCGGCGCAUGCGCAUCACCCAGGCCUGUUCGCACAUCACUUCGUCGUUGUUGAGGCCGUAGGUGGGUGGGGGGAAGGGAGAGAGAGCGCGACGGUGAGGAGGGAGGGGGUGAGAGUUGAGAGUUCAGCGGCCGCCGCCACUGCUGCCAGCCCGGACUCAUGAUUCCCAUAUGCCCGGUAGUUUCCUUCACCUAUGUGCCCAGCCGGCUGGGGGAAGAUGCCAAAAUGGCCACCGGCAACUACUUUGGAUUCACCCAUAGCGGGGCUGCUGCCCAGUAUAGCCAGCAGCCAGCUUCGGGUGUAGCCUAUUCCCAUCCAACUACAGUUGCUAGCUACACUGUCCAUCAGGCUCCAGUAGCUGCACACACGGUUACUGCUGCAUAUGCCCCAGCAGCAGCUACAGUUGCAGUAGCCAGGCCUGCACCAGUAGCUGUUGCAGCUGCUGCCACAGCUGCUGCCUAUGGAGGUUAUCCUACGGCACACACGGCGACAGAUUACGGUUAUACCCAAAGACAACAGGAAGCCCCACCACCACCUCCUCCGGUCACUACACAAAACUACCAGGACUCCUACUCAUAUGUUAGAUCCACUGCCCCAGCUGUGGCUUAUGACAGUAAGCAGUACUAUCAACAACCAACAGCAGCAGCGGCUGCAGUGGCUGCUGCUGCCCAGCCUCAGCCUUCUGUAGCCGAAUCGUACUACCAGACAGCUCCAAAAGCAGGAUAUAGCCAAGGAGCAACUCAGUAUACUCAAGCCCAGCAAACUCGACAAGUGACAGCCAUAAAACCAGCCACCCCAAGUCCAGCUACAACUACUUUCUCCAUAUAUCCAGUAUCCUCCACUGUGCAGCCAGUAGCAGCUGCAGCAACUGUCGUUCCAUCCUAUACUCAGAGUGCUACUUACAGUACAACAGCAGUUACUUACUCUGGUACCUCUUAUUCUGGCUAUGAAGCCGCAGUAUAUUCAGCAGCAUCGUCCUAUUACCAGCAGCAGCAGCAGCAACAGAAACAGGCAGCGGCAGCGGCGGCUGCUGCUGCUGCAACAGCUGCCUGGACAGGGACCACCUUUACUAAAAAGGCACCAUUCCAAAAUAAGCAGCUGAAACCAAAACAACCUCCCAAACCACCACAGAUCCACUAUUGUGAUGUUUGUAAAAUCAGUUGUGCUGGACCACAGACUUAUAAAGAACAUUUGGAAGGCCAGAAACACAAAAAGAAAGAAGCGGCAUUAAAAGCAUCUCAGAACACUAGCAACAGCAGUACUUCUGCUCGUGGAACUCAGAAUCAGUUACGCUGUGAGCUCUGUGAUGUGUCUUGUACAGGAGCAGAUGCAUAUGCUGCCCAUAUUCGUGGAGCUAAACAUCAGAAGGUGGUUAAGUUGCACACAAAACUUGGGAAGCCCAUUCCUUCAACUGAACCAAACGUUGUUACCCAGUCUACUUCCUCAACAGCUGCAUCUGCUUCCAAACAGACUGCCUCUGCUUCAAAUAUUGCAACUAGCAGCAGCACUGUGAACUCCUCCAUUACAUCUUCUGCAGUGAAAAUUCUUACUCCCACAGCAAGCACACCAAUUAACUCCGCAUCCAACAGCAAAGUGUCCGUAGUUGCUGCUAAUAUACCUGUAAAGAAAAUAUCUACACCGAAAAUAAACUUUGUUGGCAAGUACAGAAGUGGUAAUAAGCUACAGACAACAGGAAGUAAACAGGAAGAUAUGAAAGCAGUUGAAAAUGUUAAGAAUACUCCUUUGGUUGCUGUUGUACAGACGCAGGAAGUAAAACCAGAUACGGCAUCAGAACCAGUGACUCCAACAACUCUUGCUGCUUUGCAGAGUGAUGUCCAGCCAGUGGGCCAUGACUAUGUGGAGGAGGUACGGAAUGAUGAAGGGAAGGUGAUCCGUUUUCACUGCAAACUCUGUGAGUGCAGCUUUAAUGAUCCUAAUGCCAAGGAGAUGCAUCUAAAAGGAAGGCGGCACAGGCUUCAAUAUAAAAAAAAAGUAAAUCCAGAUUUGCAAGUAGAAGUAAAGCCCAGUAUCCGAGCAAGAAAAAUUCAAGAAGAGAAGAUGAGAAAGCAGAUGCAGAAAGAAGAAUAUUGGAGAAGACGAGAAGAGGAGGAACGUUGGAGGAUGGAAAUGAGACGCUAUGAGGAGGACAUGUACUGGAGGAGGAUGGAGGAGGAGCAGCAUCACUGGGAUGACCGUCGCCGAAUACCUGAUGGAGGAUAUCCUCAUGGCCCUCCAGGACCUCUAGGCUUGCUAGGCGUCAGACCAGGAAUGCCUCCUCAGCCCCAGGGACCAGCUCCUCUGCGUCGUCCAGACUCAUCUGAUGACCGUUAUGUGAUGACCAAACAUGCAGCCAUUUAUCCAACUGAGGAGGAACUUCAGGCAGUCCAAAAAAUAGUUUCCAUCACUGAGCGUGCUCUGAAACUUGUGUCUGACAACAUGACUGACAAUGAAAAAACUAAGGGCAAAGAGGGAGAUGAUAAGAAAGAUGGCAGUAAAGACAGAGCUUUGAAAGGAGUUUUACGGGUAGGAGUUUUGGCUAAAGGCUUACUUCUCCGUGGAGACCGAAACGUCAACCUUGUUUUGCUGUGUGCUGAGAAGCCUUCAAAGGCAUUACUCAGUCGUAUUGCAGAAAGUCUUCCCAAACAACUUGCAGUAAUAAGUCCUGAGAAGUAUGAAAUAAAGUGUGCAGUACCAGAAGCAGCGAUAAUUUUGAAUUCAUGUGUGGAACCCAAAAUGCAAGUUACUAUCACAUUGACAUCACCGAUCAUUCGGGAGGAGAACAUGAGGGAUGGAGAUGUAACCUCGGGUAUGGUGAAAGACCCACCGGACGUCUUGGACAGGCAAAAAUGCCUUGACGCUCUGGCUGCUCUACGCCACGCUAAGUGGUUCCAGGCUAGAGCUAAUGGUCUGCAGUCCUGUGUGAUUAUCAUACGUAUUCUUCGUGACCUCUGUCAGAGAGUUCCAACUUGGUCUGACUUCCCAAGCUGGGCUAUGGAGUUACUAGUAGAGAAAGCAAUCAGCAGUGCUUCUGGACCACAAAGCCCUGGGGAUGCAUUGAGGAGAGUUUUUGAGUGUAUAUCUUCAGGAAUAAUCCUUAAAGGUGGUCCUGGCCUUUUGGAUCCUUGUGAAAAAGAUCCUUAUGAUACACUUGCUUUAAUGACAGACCAGCAACGAGAGGAUAUUACUUCGAGUGCACAGUUUGCACUGAGACUCCUUGCAUUCCGUCAAAUACACAAAGUUCUAGGAAUGGAUCCAUUGCCACAGAUGAACCAACGUUUCAACAUUCAUAACAAUCGUAAAAGGAGAAGAGACAGUGAUGGGGUCGAUGGGUUUGAAGCAGAGGGGAAAAAAGACAAAAAAGAUUACGAUAACUUUUAAAAAUGUCUGUCAUCAGUGUUAAGACAGGAAGUGAUAAUAGGAGUCCAUUUGUUGCCUGACUCUUUUUUAUUCAUAAUAAUGUCUGUUUUAAAACAUCCAAAAAACAGAUGGAAGAUCAAUUUUGCAGAAAGAGGACUUAACUCUUCUGUGAAGUUCUAAACUUUUAAUGGAUGUGCAGUAUCAGACAAAUUAUGGAUGUAAAGAUACCACAAAUGGAAAUUGUGCUCUGAUUUAAAAAAAUAUUAGCUUAAUUUCCCCCCCCCCCAUUAUUUUUUUUUUAUUUAGACAUAGGUUACUAACUGUAGUAACUUCCCUAUUUUUUUGUCCUUUUUAUUAACUAGUCACUAGUGCAUUGUCUUAAAUCCUGACUCUAUUUAAUGCAGCAUUUGUGCUUCAGUAGCUAUGAGUAUUUUGAUAUUUUAUUUAGAAGUUUUGUUUGCCUUUGACACUAGUUAUAUAAGUUACUCUGUGUUAUAGAUGGUAUAUAGUUUCCCUCCCACUUAAUAUUUUACAGCAGAACUUUUUUUUGUAAAGUGAGACUGCAGGAUUUUGUUUUUUUUCCUAAAUGUGAAGGGUUACAACACACAAUUAUCCUGCCGUUUGAGUGCUCAGAAUUAAAUGUUUCUGCCAAUCUUGUGGCAUUUUGUCUCUUUAGUGUGAUAUAACGGUGUAAUUAAGACAGAUUUGUGUUAAUCUAAUCAAGUUUGCUGUUAGUUGUGCAUUAGCAGUAUAAAAGCUAAUAUAUACAGUAUGGUCUUGCAACAGUUUUAAAGCAGCUGCAUAAUUGAUCAAAAAUGCAUGACAUUUUUGUUUUAAUAGAAGGGCUUUUAAAACUAUCAUUUUAGGUUUAAUGCAUAGGUCUUUGUAUGACUGACUUUGUGACAUAGCAAGGCCAAAAAAAUAACUUUCUGAAUUUUUUUUUUCUUAAGAUGCUAGUAAAAGAGGGCAUUUUCCCAUUUGGACAAAGUUGGCAGUUGUUUUCAAACAGCUUUGUCAAAGUGAUACUAAUGCCAUUUCAUUAGCCCUUAAAAUAGAUGUUUGCCAUAUCAGUGCCUGUGAGGUAACUCCUAGUAGCUAUUCCUGUAUAGCUAUUUUUCUGUGAUUUUUUUCAGUAACUUGAAAACUAAAACUAAAGUGGAUAAAGUAUUGCUGACAAAGUGAAGGUUAUCAAAGAAAAAACCCAGAAAAUUAUUUGGUGUGGCCAUAGUGUAUGCUUAUGUCUUCUUCAAAAGCUAAAUAUUAUAGCAAUGGUGUAAGUAAAAUUACAUCAUACUGUUGAUGUAUGCUCCAGUACACAGAUGUGAUUUGUUGUCACAGCACUACAGUGGGAUACGCAACAGUGAAAUACGCAAAUAAAAACUAAAGUUUAUUAAAUGACUUUAACGUUCAUUAUACACUGGAAACUGAAGUUUCACUCUUUCUGUUUGGUGUGCACUAUGCUUAGCUGAAGACCUGAAAAAAUACGUGGGUUUAAUAUUGACUAUGAUAACAUUCCUAUAACUAUUUUACAAAUGACUGUAGGAAAAUGUCAGAUAUUGCAAAGAACACUGGUUUUCUUGAUUUAAAAUUACUUCAAAGCCUUUUGAUCCAAUUCAUCAGGUCGAACUUAUCUUUGACCUUUUAAGUGAUUAAUUAUUUUGCUUGUCCUUCAAAAUAUACUGGAGAAAUUCUGAAAACAUUUUAACACAAUGGGCCUGUGAAAUGUAAAUACAAUAUUAAUAUAGGAGAGGGAUCUUGCAUAAGUUUAAAUAUACAGUAUCCUGUGAGCAUCAAACACUGCGACUUAAAAAAAUUAUACAAAGAUAUUAGUGCUCAGCAAACAAAAUAAUGGAAAGCUUUCCCAGUACAGAAAAAAAUUCCUUAAAAAUAAUUUCAUAUGGGAAAUAGAGUAACUAGCAUGUGCUCAAAAAUUAUUUUUAACAAAAGAGGAUUGCACUAACUUCCUUUGUGCUACCUUGACACUCAGUUCAGCAGUAUGCAGUUGCCCAAGAUCCUUCCUUUAAAAAGGAAGAAGUUUUGCUGCCAUGGUGUCCAAUCAGUCAUUGCCGUUUAUUAUUUUGGAAGUUGCUUCAUGUCUUAUAUUUCAGUUGCUGUUCAUUUGGCCAUUUUAACUCCCUACGGAAGUUUCCUACCCAAAUGAGAGAUGCUGUCAGUUUAGUCAUGUGACCCUAUUCUUUAGGAUGAAAAGGUCAAAGAUAAGUUUUGGAUUUCCUGCAUUUUUUGUUUCACUGACUUAUACCUCUUAACCAGUUUCUGGAUGUUUGAAAUAUUGUAUACUUGAAGUGAUUCCCCAUUAAACAUGAAACUGUGACCAUG